AUGGACCAAAAGUUUAAUCCAGCUCCCCCGCGAGAUCAAACUUUGGCUGGCUCAUGGCAAUUGCAGUCUGAGGGAGAAGACUCGAUUGGUUCAUCACAAGGGGACUUGAGUUUGAGUAGCCAUGGUGAAUCGCAGGAAUUCAAGUCAUUCCGCCGCUGGCCUGAGCCUGAGGAUCUCAAGGAACAAGAAGAACUGUGGCUUGGAAAAGCAAUCAUACGAACUCCCCAAGCAGAGUUUUCAUUCUUAGACAGAAUUGUAAAAUCAAUCGUUGAACAAAAGCAGCUCGCAAAUAAUGUUCGCCAAGAACAUCAGGAACUUAGUAGCCCAAAGCAAGCGCCCGAAGCACAGAAGCGCCCUGAUAAUGAUCAAUAUGCCAACCACAUACAACCAUUUCACUCCAGUACAAUAUCCCAGAAUCAAUUAAAUACUGAGGAAACAUUCUACCAGCGCCAGUUACCAAAGAGUUGCGUGUCGUUUACAUCCGAUCAAGGAAAAGGGGUUUUUCGCUCGGCGCUGGCGGAAGGUCAUCUCGAAUCAUUCUUCCCACUGGCUUCACAACUAGUCACUCAGCAUGAGCCUGCAUUUUGCAGUUUGGCCACGCUUUGCACGGUCUUGAAUGCCUUGGAGGUGGACCCAAAGCAAGUCUGGAAACAUCCUUGGAGAUGGUUUGAUCAAGAGAUGCUAGACAGUGAUCAAUCGCUUGAAUCAAUCCGCAAGAAUGGAAUCACUCUGGCGGAGUUUAACAGUAUGGCACGUCGCAAUGGGCUGGCCUUGACCAGUCGAUCACCGCCCACAGGAAAUCAAGAGGAUGUCAUGUACCAAAGUGGACUGCAAGAGUUCCGUUCGCACGUCGCCAAAGUAACUUCCCAAUCAUCCGCCUUCCUUAUUGUAUCAUUCUGUCGGGAAAGCUUGGGCCAGACCGGGACCGGGCACUUCAGUCCAGUUGCUGGCUAUUCACCCGAACAUGAUCAGGUCCUGGUUUUGGAGGUCGCAAGAUUUAAAUACCCUAGUUACUGGGUUGGUUUGGAGGAUUUGUACAAGUCGAUGAUCCCAAUCGAUCCGGUGAGCCAACGCCCACGGGGGUAUACGAUCUUGAGUCACUCGCCCUCCGUUGAGAAAACCAACGGUCUCGCCAAGUUAAUGGAAUAA